GCUGUGUACCUUAUGAUCUCACUUAAUCGCUCUGAUAAAUCACAUCGAACCCAGUACUGCGGAUUCGCAAUAUUGCUUAUUCCCCUGGAGCUUUCAUUGGAAUAAACAAUUGUAUUUUGUGGCUCGCAGCGCGCUUGGAUCCUGGAAAACACUAGAACAUAAGAAUUUGCUAUCGCUCGCGUUCAGAAAUGGAAUGCUGCAAUGGAUUUCAAAGACAAACGGCGGUGCUUUCCGGGUCGAGAUGAAUGAAAGAAGAAUCUGUUUUGUAACAAAAUCGACAAUUCCUUAAAAAGUGUCUGUUAGUUCCUUUCGUUGCCUCUUUUCUUUGUUCAGCUCAAGAAUCUAGUCUUCUCUUGGAUUGUGGAUCAACAAAAACCUUCAAGACGGACGGGGUGGUGGAGCAUAGAGGGAAAAACCGGGGGAACAUGAGGGAGCGGGACUUCAUGCCCAAUAUGGAGAGGGGCAAACCUGCCACAUAUACCGGGGACAAAAAGGCUAAGAUGGCUGCGAAGACUAACAAAAAGUGGGUAAGACUGGCCACUGUUUUCGCUUAUGUGCUGUCUGUGUCCUUAGCUGCUAUCAUCUUGGCCAUUUACUACAGCUUGAUAUGGAAACCAACGUCCGCGUCCUCCUCGGCUGGAAGACCAGAUGUGCCCGAGGAAGUCACAGUGGCAUAUAACUUCUCCGUGAACAUCUCCACCAACACUAAUACUACAGACAGCAAUUUUACUCAAACAGACCUUUUCCCACUGAACAACACCGCUUCGCAGGGGUCAAUGGCUAAUCUGCGAGCCGAGUCCCAGACGAAGGUCUUUCAAUGGGAGGACAGAGGCAAGAGUCCAAGUCUAAUUUCAGACGACAUCUCACCUUCUGUCCCGCGCACUGGACCUGCAGGACGCUCCUCCGCUCCAUACAGCGAUGCAACCGCAAGAAUGGACACUGUGGCUAAAGGUACCAAAGCGUCCCAACCUGUCACUCUUGCAGCGGGUGCGGUGAAUAAUCAAAGUCCCACAGCGCGUUCAGAGCCCCCCACACUUGAUCAAAGAGAGAAGAGAGAUGUGUCCAGGCUUAUCACUGUCGGUGGAAUACAACAUAAUUCUCACCAAGGAGCUGCGGAUGCUACUCCGUGGGAUCUAAAGCCUCCAUCGAAGGCCCCUGCUGCGGCUAACGCAAGACCACAAGGACUGCAAAGAGGAACUACUUCUGACCAGGCCCAAAAGGUCUCGCUGAGUCGGAACCAAGAGGAUCUGGCAAAUACACACAUAGAGUCGGAUACGAUAGAGAGGUAUUCUCCUUAGAGAAACUUAUUUCUCAUAAGAAUUUACACGGACACAGAAGAUGCUGUGAACAUGUGACAGGCAUCAAAACGCACGUAAUUUCUUGAUAUCGCAUUAACCAUUCGGAUUAUUGACAGCAAUUACGCACGUGUCGAAACGUAAAAUGUUUUUAAAAACAUGACCAUUAUUUUGACAAGCGACUAUAUUUAGCGUUUUGCCUUAAAUAAUAUUUAUCUUUGUUCGGGAAGGCUGGGCUCAAGGUCAUAUUUGACAACCACAUCCGCUUCUGUUUCAUUAUUUUAACAUAAUAAACAUACAUAUAAAUAUAGACAGAGGAGAGACGAUUUUGGAUCCUAGAACAUGUAAAUAACGUGAGAUACAGCGCCUUUCAACGGAGACUGAGCCAUGCCACGGGUGAGCUACUACUAUGUGACGGGAAAGGCUUUUAUGUGAUGGUUCAUCAGAAUAUAUUUCAUUAUUCUAAUUAAUAAGGAUUCCUGGUAUAGGGGGAUCCGUAUUGAGUUACGCUCAGGUAUGUGCAUAUAACCAUGUAAAUGUAUUGUAUUUGGUAUUGUACAUAGGGCAGAUAUUGUACAUGCUCCGGCCUGGAUUGAAGUUUAGCCAAAUUAGAUACUUUUUAUGAAAACUAUGUACCAUAGGACUAUAUCAC